UCCCUCAUCCGUAUCACACAGCUUCAAUACAUUAUCUUAACACUCAAAAAACAAAAAUUUUAGAUCGAUCGUUGUGAAUCACAAUUUUUUUUUUUUUUUUUUAGUUUAAACUAUUUAUUUUCAUUUUUUUUAGUAAUUAUACAAAUAUUUCGGGGUGUUUGUUUCUGGAUAAUAUGGCAAUGAGUUUACCGCACCAACUGACUGCAAUUUCCGGAACACCGAUAGCAGUGGAGACGGGAACAGUCUCCGGGGAGGGACCGGCAAAGGCGUCUGUGGUAACACCGGCGUUCUGGAAGAAUCCAGCGACGAAUCUCCGAGUUUCGGUGCGGAAAUCGGGAGCAGAGGUGGACCGCGUGUCACCGUCGCCGCCGCUUAGUCCGAUGAGGGGAGAUUUGCGGCCGGAUCUGACAGCGGCGUGCCAGGCGUUAAUGGAGGCGCCGACAGUGGAGAGAGAGUAUAAGAUGGGGGAUUUGGGGCAUGAGAAGGGUAAAGGGGUUCCGGUGUUCGUGAUGAUGCCGUUGGACUCGGUUAAGAUGGAUCACACGAUGAACCGGAGGAAGGCGAUGAAUGCUAGCUUACAGGCGCUGAAGAGCGCCGGAGUUGAGGGGGUGAUGAUGGACGUGUGGUGGGGCCUGGUGGAGAAGGACUCGCCCGGCGAGUACAAUUGGGGCGGCUAUGCUGAGCUGCUGGAAAUGGCUAAGAAGCAUGGCCUCAAGGUUCAGGCCGUCAUGUCCUUCCACCAGUGUGGUGGAAACGUCGGAGAUUCUUGCACGAUUCCUCUCCCGAGGUGGGUUACUGAGGAGAUGGAGAAGGAUCCGGACCUUGCAUACACAGAUCAAUGGGGGAGGAGGAAUUAUGAGUAUGUGUCACUUGGUUGUGAUACCCUUCCAGUCCUAAAAGGAAGAACACCUGUCCAGUGUUAUUCUGACUUCAUGAGGGCUUUCAGAGACAGAUUUGAGCACUUGCUGGGUGACACUAUAGUGGAAAUUCAAGUUGGCAUGGGUCCAGCUGGAGAGCUCCGUUAUCCUUCAUAUCCAGAGCAGAAUGGGACAUGGAAAUUCCCUGGAAUUGGGGCUUUUCAGUGCUUUGAUAAGUACAUGAUUAGCAGCCUGAGAGCCACAGCUGAAGCAAUUGGUAAGCCAGAAUGGGGGCAUAGUGGCCCGACAGACGCUGGCCACUACAACAACUGGCCUGAAGACACAAACUUUUUCAGGAAAGAAGGCGGUUGGACCACCCCGUACGGCGAAUUCUUCCUCUCUUGGUACUCCCAGAUGCUUCUGGACCAUGGCGAGAGGAUACUACAAUCAGCCAACGCUAUAUUCGACAACACGGGCGUCAAAAUAUCAGUGAAGAUUGCCGGAAUCCACUGGCACUACGGCACCCGAUCCCACGCCCCAGAGCUCACCGCCGGCUACUACAACACCCGUUUCCGAGACGGCUAUCUCCCCAUCGCCCAAAUGCUCGCCCGCCACGGCGCCAUCUUCAACUUCACCUGCAUCGAGAUGCGCGAUCACGAGCAGCCCCAGGACGCCCAGUGCGCUCCCGAGAAACUGGUCAGGCAAGUAGCCUUAGCCACCCAAGAAGCCCAGGUUCCCCUUGCCGGGGAGAACGCGCUGCCACGAUACGACGAUUACGCGCACGAACAGAUACUCAGAACUUCCGCAUUGAGCAUCGACGAAAAGUCGGGUGAUAGAGAAAUGUGUGCGUUCACCUACUUAAGAAUGAACCCAGAUUUGUUCCAGGCUGAUAACUGGAGAAGGUUUGUGGCGUUCGUGAAGAAAAUGAAGGAAGGUAAAGAUGUGCAUAAGUGUUGGGAGGAAUUGGAGCGGGAAGCUGAGCAUUUUGUGCACAUAACUCAGCCAUUGGUGCACGAAGCUGCCGCCCUCAUGCAUUAAGAAGAGCUCUACCACGAUCAUCUCUAUUUUUUUAUUUCGAUCUUCUGUAUUUUAAAAUGUAUAAUAGUGUAAGAUAGAAAGAGGGAUGAUUACCUUUAAAAUAAUAUUGCAUGGAAAAUUUUAAUUCA